CUUGGAAAACAAAUUGACAAAACUCAGAAAAGAGAGUCUACCUCGGAGACUUCGCUGGGAUGUAUAUCACAUGAAAUAAAUGAUUUGAAGAAUAAAUUAGGUGAAAUGCAAAGACAGUUCCAAGAAGCAGAAGCACGACACCAGGAAUUUGAAAACAGUGUUGAAAAGUCAAAAGAACAUCUGACAAUCUGCAAUUCAAAGCUUGAAUGUGAAAAUUCCAAGUUGAAGGAAAUAAUCAAAAAACAAGAGGGCACAAUUGAACAUCUUCAGGAAAAUCUCACAAGACUAAUUUUAGUAGAUGUGAAACACCUUCAAAAACAAAGGGAUAAAACUCAGAGAAGACAGUCUACAUCAGAGGCUUCACUGACAUGUUGUUGCAAUAAGGUGCUUCAGGAGACAAAUGGUUUGAAGAAUGAGUUAGGUGAAAUGAGAAGACAAUUGCAAGAAGCAGAGGCACGAAAGCAAGAAGCUUUAAACAGCUGUGAAAAGUCCAAAGAAUACCUGGAAACCUACAAUUCAAAGCUUGAGUGUGAGGUUUCCGAGUUAAAAGAAACAAUCAAAAAUCAAGCAAGCACAAUUGCACACCUUCAGGAAAAUCUCACCAGACGAACUUCAUUGCAAGAAGCAGAGGCACGAUACCAAGAAGCUAUAAAAAGUGCUGAAAAGUCCAAAGAACACCUGGAAACGCAUGAGUGUGAGAUUUCUGAGUUAAAAGAAACAAUCAGCAAACUAACAGGCGCAGUUGCACACCUUCAGGAAAAUCUCAUGGGACUGACUUCAGCACCUGAAUCAUAUCAAGAAAGUUCAGUGUGGUUAAGAGAGAGUAAUGCUUCUUCACUUACGCCUCAGGUGGAAUACAGAAAUAAUGGUCUCUCUAAAAUGAAAGAUUCUCAAGGAGAUUUGAAUAUAAGUGAAGGGGAGAGAUACAAACACCUCUGUUUAGACAAAGUACAAAUUACAGAAUGGUCAAGAAAACUAAAUGAGGCUAAUGAAAUAAUAGCAAUGCUCAGAAAUAAACUUCUGGAAAAAGAGCACAAUAUGUCCAGCACUCUUCCUGUGAGGUCUCACGUACAGUCACCUAGUACUGGAAAUUUUCAUUGUGAUUCUUUGCUCAAUAGAGAUGUUAAUCCACAUGAAACCUUGAGGAUUCCUGACUCGGUACCACAGACUUCAAGUUGCAGUGUGCAGCACCCUUUGAAUCUGGUAUUACUGGACACGGAUCUUGCAGGCUCUCCCUCUGGAAACUAAUGAGAAAUCAAAUCCAACUCAUAGUCUAGAGAAUUACAAUAAUAUUCAAAUAUUUUAAACAAAAUGAUACACUCUGAAAGACAAAAAAAUAUUCUUGACUGAACUCUACAUAUUUUCAUGAUUUCCUUUUCAAUAUAUGAUUUGAGUUUUUUAUAGAACAUAUUUUUGUAUUAUAUAAAUAUGAUGAAGAGAUAGUCUUUUAUAUUGUUACUUUUACUUGGAAAGCAGAGAGAUGGGACGAGAAGGACACAGGGAGACAGUUCCCCUUUCACUGUUAACACUCCUCACAUGCCUUACAAUGGCUGUGGUUCAGCCAAGCCAAAAGCAGUAGCCAGAACCUCAGCCUAGGUCUCUCACAUGGAUGGCAGAGGCCCUACUACUUGAGCUAUUAUCACCUGAUGUCUUCCACAGUUCACAUUAACAGGAAGCUGGAAUCAGAAGUGCAGCUGGCAUUCACCUCAGUUGUUGGUCUACAACUCAUGGAUCCAGAAGACCCAGAUAAACCCCUGGACUCGACACGGGCUUGGAGACUGAGGGCAGCAACUCCCUGCAGAGGGAUUGUCCACUCAGUAUCCGUGCAAGUCUGUAGAGGAUGACAGGCCUUUUAAAAAGAUACACCAAAGAUAAGUAAUCAUUUUCUUGACAGUGGGUCCCUAGUUCAUCCUUCUGUCCACAGUUUCAGGACUCUGUCAGGUAAAAGGGCAGAGAGAAAUGGAUCUAGGUGAAAAUGGAGGAAUAACCCAGAGUAAAUUGAAAAUAGGAAUGAAUAGACUCAAGUCAGAGAAAUAAGGAUAGGUAUUACUAUAAAUCACUCCAAUAUUAUGCACUUGAAGAGUAGUUAUCCAUAUAUGGGUUGACACCUCCCCUGAUGUGACCCUUGUUCAACUCACUUGCACCCAGCCAUCACAGUCCAAAAUGUCUGAGUGCCCACUGGUUGGGCCACCCAAUCUGCUUCAAACAAUGGUUUGUGUGAUGAAAAUUUCCAACAAGCACGUGACUAGGUAUGCACCAUAAUUUUUUACUUUUUUGAAGCCUGUAGUCUGAAAGCCCCAGUGUCAGGUGAGUUACAGGAUAGGCUCUCAUGCUUUCAUGAUGAUAUUGUUGCCCAAUGAUUGUGGGACUGAUGAUAUGGAUAGAAGUUGGAGCAGAGAUGUGCCAACAGUACACAUAUUACCUGAUUCUAUUAAACCAGUGAUCAGAUAUAAAUUACAUAAUAAGGAUUUUAUUGUUGGAAACUGACAAUAUACAGUGCCAGGACUUGGAAGUUAGAGCUGCAAAAAGAGACAAAACAGUAUUGCCAUAGCAAACAUAACUAUGGUUGUACUGUCAGAGUUAUAUUAUUUUUUAAGAUUUAUUUAUUUAUUUAUUUGAAAGAGUUACACAGAGAGAGGAGAGGCAGAGAGAGAGACAGAGAGACAGAGAAAGUCUUCCAUCUGCUUGUUCACUCCCCAAUUGACUGCAAUGGCUGCACUGAUCCAAAAGCAGGAGCAAGGAGCUUCCUCUGGGUCUCCCAAGUGGGUGCAGGAGCCCAAGGAUUUGGGCCAUCUUCUACUGCUUUCUCAGGCCAUAGCAUAGAGCUGGAUUGGAAGUGAAGUAGCCAGGUCUCAAACCAUUGCCCAUUUGGGAUGCUGGUGCUUCAGGCCAGGGCAUUAACCUGCUGCACCACAGCACUGGCCGCGAUGAUGUCUUACUAAUUCUGUUUCCAUUUAACAGCUCAAAUGGACUCACUUUCUCCACUGCCACCACUCAAGUUCCAUGUACUGUUUUGUCAUUCCAGUUACUCUGCAUAGCAAAUUAUCCCCCAAUAUAAUGUGAAACAACAAUUUUUUCUGUUCAUGGAAUCUGUGGUUCAGGAGCUCAGACAAGUCACAGCAUCAAUUGCUCAUCUGUGCUCCCCAGUAGUGGAGUUCUUGGCUGGAAGAUAUGCAAGUUAAAAUUAUGCAUGUGUCUGGCAGUUCACAUUGGCAGUUCUUUGGUGGUCUCAGUUCCUCUUCAUAGAGACUUCUUUUCCCUGGAGUCUCUCCAUAUGGGCUUAUAGAAACAGAAACAGUGUGAGAGAAAGAGAGAGAGAGAGAGAGAGAGAGAGAGAGAGAGAGAGAGAAUGAAUGAAUGAAUAUGAGAGCAAGCACCAAGCAAAAACUAUGUUGUCUUUCAUAACUCAGCUUUGAAAUAUGCAGCAUCACUUCCUGAGAUUCUAUUUGUCAAGGCAGUUAAAAAAAUGUCAUCUAGGUUCAAGGCAUAAAAAGAAUGAAAUCUUGCCUUUUGUAACAAAAUGAAUGCAAUGGGAGACCAUUAUGCUUGGAGAAAUAAACCAGGCCCCAAAAGACAAAUGUAUUUUUCUCUGAUUUGCAUAUAUAUAGAGUACCAAAAAUGUAAUGAAUAUAAGUGAAAUUUAUAGCUUGAGAUUUGAUUAUUGUUUAUAACCCUUUUCUAUCCUUCUGCAAAAUAAUGGCCUGUCUACUUUCUACUUGUUGGAUAAAGUAAAUUGAAAGCAUUUUAGUGCAAAAAUUAAAAGAAAAAAGGGAAAGAUGAGGGAGCAAGUGUAACCUGUAUCAUUUUGAGCUUAAAACUGAAUAUAUGAAAUACAUGAAAUCUUUCUUUAUAUAAAAAAGGAAAUAAAAUAACAAUAAAAAUAAAAAAUAAAUAACCCCAGCAAUGCAAAUGCUGUCUUGUGUGAGUCCUGUCAUGCUUUUAGGAACACUUCUCUUCUGUUCUUUUCUCUGUUUAGCCCAGUGGAAGAAGAACGUUGUUCACUUUUCUCUGGCUUUUCAUCCUUUUAAAUCUCUGCAACUCUUCCAUGGAUAUCGUUAAUGUGAUGUCAGCUUGUAGUGCAAGGUUUAAGGCUAGAUUUGAGGAGAGAGCUGCACACAGCACUUGAUGAUUAAGUGUGGUUGACCAAUGAUCUGACUAGUAAAACAGCAAUAAUAAAAGUUUGUUCCAUAGCUAUUGUCCCCCACCAUCUAAUCUCGGUUAGGAUUCACUUGGCUUCUUGAAUCUAUAGUUCUGUGUUUCAGAUUAAACAUAACCAAAUGUUGUAGAGCUAGCCUCCCCAUUUCUUAUUCUUUUUUUAAGAUUUAUUUAUUUAUUUGAAAGAGUAACAGAGAGAGGUAGAGACAGAGAGAGAAAGAGGUCUUCCAUCCGCUGGUUCACUCCCCAGAUGGCUGCAACAGCUGGAGCUAUGCUGAUCCGAAGCCAGGAGCCAGGAGCUUCCUCCAGGUCUCCCACGUGGGUGUAGGGGCCCAAGGACUCAGGCCAUCUUCCACUGCUAUCCCAGGCCAUAGCAGAGACCUGGAUCAGAAGAAGAGCAGCUGGGACUAGAACUGGUGCCCAUAUGGGAUGCUGGCACUUCAGGCCAGGGCUUUAACCUGCUUUAACCCACUUUAACCAUGCCAGAGUGCCACAUCCUCCCUCCCCCAUUUCUUCUUAAAGUUUCAUGCAUUCCAUGGUUUAUUCAGCUCUCUUUCACACAUUCUGGAUUCUUAUUUUUUCUUUCUUUUUUAGAUUUCAUCAAUUACCCUUUUCUGCAAUGUCAAGUCUAUUAUUUCCCAUCCAAUGAAUUUUAAAUUUUGAUAGUACUUUUUAAGUACGAUUUUCAUUAAGACCACCUUUAGUGAAAGAUUAAUCUUUAAAAAAUAUCCCAGAAUCUGCUCUAACAAAUAAGUGCUAAGGAGUAAACAGCAAAGCAUAGCAGUGUAUGUUUUGAUAUGUGGCAAGUUAAAAUUCUUGUUGGUCUCACUAAGACCAUUCUUUUCUCUAAUGUUGUCAAAACUUGUAGCAAAAUGGCAUGUGUCAUGUGAGUGGUUGGUACAAUGAGUAACUGUAGGAUCUUGCUCAUGUUCCCUUUUAGACUUGUGACUUUUAUAAUCAUAUGGAAUGAUCACAGCACAAUGCACGGAGACCUGACCACCUCUUGGAUUUGCACCCACUUUCUUUACAAUAAUGGUUUCAAGUCUUCUCUUUUGAUCCCAACGUAUAAAGAAGAAUGUGCUACCAUUCUACUGCAGCAUGGUGCUGACCCAAGCCAUAUGGAUGACAAUGGAAACACUGCACUCCACUAUGCAGUGUAUCAUGAGAACGCAAUAACUGCAAAACAACUAAUUCUAAACAAUGCUGAUAUUGAAAUAAGAAGGAGCUAUUUUCUAAAUGCUUCUGCUUAAAUUAUCCAAGAAAUUAACACAACAAAGACAAUCCUUCAAGGACACAGCAAGAUUAGGC